CAUAGAGGCGUCGCUGAAAACAUUCACCCGUUCACCACAUAGACACAUCGCCGGGGACCCGUUUUACAAUAAACAGAAAAGGCAUCAACAGUUACUGUUUGAGCCGCUCUGGUUGUAAACGUUGCUUUCCUCAAAUCGCAAUGAAACGAGGGGAGCAUGGGGGCUAAAGAGUCGAGGAUAGGAUUCCUGUCGUAUGACGAGGCUGUCAAGAGAGUUACUGAUGUGGAACUGAAGCGGCUGAAGGAUGCCUUCAAGAGAACCAGCGGUCUGUCGUGUUACAUGACCCAGCAGUGCUUCUACAGAGAAGUGUUGGGAGAUGGAGUUCCCCCGAAAGUUGCAGAGGUGAUCUACAGCUCGUUUGGAGGCUCCUCUAAAGGGCUUCACUUUAACAACCUGAUAGUGGGGCUGGUGCUGCUGACCAGAGGGCGUGAUGAGGAGAAGGCUAAGUACCUCUUCAGCCUGUUUGCCAACGAUCUCAGUGGAUAUGCUGCCAGGGAAGAUAUCGAGGCAGUUCUGCAGGCCCUUGAUGGAGAAGUCCCGUCCUCCCUGAAGAGGUGCUUCACAGAGAGUGACAAGGUCAACUAUGAGCGCUUCAGGAACUGGCUGUUGCAGAACAAGGAGGCCUUCACUCUGUCUCGAUGGCUUCUCUCUGGAGGAGUGUGUGUCACGCUGACGGAUGACAGUGACACACCCACCUUUUACCAGACCCUCGCUGGCGUCACACACUUGGAAGAGUCAGACAUCAUAGACUUGGAGAAGCGCUACUGGCUCCUCAAAGCCCAGUCCAGAACCGGCCGCUUUGACUUGGAAACCUUCGUCCCGCUGGUGUCUCCUCCCAUCCAUGCCUCUCUGAGUGAAGGUCUGUUUCACGCCUUCGAUGAAAAUCGGGACAAUCACAUCGACUUUAAAGAGAUCUCUUGUGGACUCUCAGCCUGCUGCAGGGGGCCUGUUGCUGAAAGGCAGAAAUUUUGCUUCAAAGUAUUUGAUGUGGACCGUGAUGGGAUUCUGUCUCGAGAUGAGCUCCAUGAGAUGGUUGUUGCCUUGCUGGAGGUGUGGAAGGACAAUCGCACAGACACAAUCCCUGAGCUGCACAGCAGCAUCUCAGACAUAGUGGAGGAAAUUGUGAAGAUGCACGACACGACCAAGCUGGGUCACUUGACCCUUGAAGACUACCAGAUCUGGAGCGUGAAGAGCGCUCUGGCCAAUGAGUUCCUGAACCUGCUCUUCCAGGUUUGCCACAUAGUGCUGGGCCUCAGACCUGCCACUCCUGAAGAGGAAGGGCAGAUCAUCAGGGGGUGGUUAGAAAGGGAGAGCAGACAUGGGCUGCAGCAGAGCCAGAGCUGGUUCCUGAUCUCCAUGCUGUGGUGGCAGCAGUGGAAGGACUAUGUUAAAUAUGACAGUCCCUGCUGUUGUCUUCCUGUCCAGGAGCAUAAAGGCAUCGUUGUGGAACAGCCGUCCAUUCUGAGCUCACUCAGGCCCCUGACAGCCACAGCCACCGUGGAGCCCGCAAACCCCGACAGGCCUGGGGGCCUGGGGACCUUCGGCCCCUUCAGUCCCUCAGAGGAGAAGUCUCCUGAUGCUGUGUCCAGUGCCUCAGAAGCAACAGAAACUGCACUGAGUCCUCAGUUGGCUCCCUCCGCAGCAGAGAGCUGCUUCGCCCGUCAGCACAACAUUUCAGAAAACAACAAUCAGUGUUUUUCUGGAGCCAAUGGCCAUCUGCCCUCCCAGCUGACAGCACAGAGACCUGGAGCCAUCGACAACCAACCUCUGGUCACCACUGACCCCAUAAAGGCCCCUACGUUAACUAUGGAGGGUGGCAGACUGAAGCGCUCUUUGCAGCUGGUGCCUGGUAGAGACUUUGAGAUGGUGCCAGAGCCUGUGUGGCGGGCCCUCUACCACUGGUACGGUGCCAACCUGAGCCUGCCACGACCGGUUAUCCUGGAAAGCAAGACUGGUCAAGCAGAGCUGGAGCUGUUCCCCUGCUACCUCCUGUUCCUCCGCCAGCAGCCCGCCACGCGCUCCCCUCAGUCCAACAUCUGGGUCAAUAUGGGUAUGACCAGCCUGCGAAUGUUCCCACCGUAUUUGCCCCCACCAAGAGGAAACGUGCCGUCUCCUAACGCUCCUCUGAAGAGGAUGCUGGCGUACACAGGCUGCUUCAGCCGCAUGGCCACCAUCAAGGACAUCCACCUGUACCUGUCACAGCGGCUCCGCAUCAAGGAGGAGGACAUGAGGCUCUGGCUCUACAACAGUGAGAACUACCUGACCCUGCUUGAUGAUGAAGACCACACUCUGGAGAGUCUGAAGAUCCAGGAUGAGCAGCAGCUGGUUAUUGAGGUCAGGAACAAAGACAUGAGCUGGCCUGAGGAAAUGUCCUUCAUCGCCAACAGCAGCAAAAUGGACAGACACAAAGUUCCUACUGAGAAAGGAGCGACUGGUCUCAGUAACCUUGGCAACACGUGUUUCAUGAACUCCAGCAUUCAGUGUGUGAGCAACACCAAGCCUCUGUCGGACUACUUUCUGUCGGGGAGGCAUCUGUACGAGCUCAACAGGAUCAACCCCAUUGGGAUGAGGGGUCACAUGGCCAAGUGUUAUGGAGACCUGGUGCUGGAGCUGUGGAGUGGGACCCAGAAGAGCAUCGCUCCGCUCAAACUCAGGUGGACGAUAGCAAAGUAUGCCCCUCGCUUCAACGGCUUCCAGCAGCAGGACUCCCAGGAGCUGCUGGCGUUCCUCCUGGAUGGCCUCCAUGAAGACCUGAACCGGGUCCAUGAGAAGCCAUAUGUGGAGCUGAAGGACAGCGACGGGCGGCCGGACUGGGAAGUGGCUUCUGAGGCCUGGGAGAACCACCUUCGCAGGAACCGCUCCAUCGUGGUGGAUCUGUUCCACGGUCAGCUCAAGUCCCAGGUCAAGUGUAAAACCUGUGGCCACAUCAGCGCUCGCUUCGACCCCUUCAACUUCCUGUCCCUGCCUCUGCCCAUGGACAGCUCCAUGCAUCUGGAGAUCACUGUUAUUAAACUGGACGGCUCCACGCCAGUGCGGUACGGACUGAGGCUGAACAUGGAUGAGAAAUACACGGGGCUGAAGAAGCUGCUAAGCGAGCUGUGCAGCCUGAAGCCGGAGCAGAUCCUCCUGGCUGAGGUCCAUGCUUCCAACAUCAAGAACUUCCCUCAGGACAACCAGAAGGUGCGUCUCUCUGUCAAUGGUUUCCUCUGUGCGUUUGAGGUCCCGGUGCCUGGUUCACCAACGUCUCUGAGCUCGCCCACACUCACAGACAUCACCCCAACAGUCAACGGCUCAGCUGCUAACGGUCACCUGAUCGCUAACGGUGGGCCCGGCACACUGCUGCCCUGCACCCCAGAGACGCCUCUGGUCAAUGGGGUUGCCAACGGACAUAUGAGCCCCAUGCAGGACAGCCCUUUCAUUGGAUACAUCAUCGCCAUGCACAGAAAGAUGAUGCGGACAGAGUUGUACUUCCUGUCAUCUCAGAAGAACCGGCCCAGCCUGUUUGGGAUGCCACUCAUUGUCCCCUGCACUGUCCACACCAGUAAGAAGGACCUGUAUGACGCAGUCUGGAUCCAAGUGUCCCGACUGGCCAGCCCACUGCCCCCCCAGGAGGCCAGCAACCAUGCUCAGGACUGUGAUGACAGCAUGGGGUACCAGUACCCCUUCACUCUGCGGGUGGUGGGGAAGGACGGAAACUCGUGUGCUUGGUGUCCCUGGUACAGGUUCUGUCGAGGCUGCACCAUAGAGUGUACAGAGGACAGAGCCUCUGUAGGGAAUGCUUAUAUAGCUGUGGACUGGGAUCCCACCGCCCUGCACCUUCGCUACCAGACCUCCCAGGAGAGGAUUGUGGAGGAGCACUGCAGUGUGGAGCAGUCUCGACGAGCUCAGGCUGAGCCCAUCAGCUUGGACAGCUGUCUGAAGGCCUUCACCAGUGAAGAGGAGCUGGGGGAGGAUGAGCUCUACUACUGCUCAAAGUGCAAAACCCACAGGCUGGCCACCAAGAAGCUGGACCUGUGGAGGCUCCCGCCCAUCCUGAUUGUCCACCUGAAGCGCUUCCAGUUUGUCAACGGUCGCUGGAUAAAGUCUCAGAAGAUUGUUAAAUUCCCUCGAGGGAGUUUUGACCCCAGCGCCUUCCUGGCCCCCAGAGAUCUGGAGCAUCGCUCCCUGCACUCACGCAGUGAGAGCGAGGACCUGCUGAGAGUCGGGGAAGACAACCUGUCCUCCAUCUCUGCUCCGGCUGGCUUCUGCAACCUGCCCAAAGCCUCUCCAGCCUCCAGCAGGAGAUCAGCGCCAUCUCUCAGUCGGAACAGCAGCCCCUCCGGUAGUCCAAAGCCUGCUGGUCGCAGGCCAGGCCGGCUACGGCUGCCGCAGCUUGGCAGCAAGCACCGGCUCUCCAGCAGCAAGGAGAACUUAGACGGAGCUGCGUCCUCUGAAGCCGACUCCCGGGACGGUGUGUCGCAGGCGGACACAGAGGAGAGGGUGGCGAUAGUGGCAGGAGCAGGGCCUGUGGGCUCCAGCGAUCAGGCGGCGUCAGAGUCAUCCUGCGGCACAGAGGCGUCCAGCAGCCACUGUGACGUAAUCCUGAUGAACGGAGACAGCAACGGGAUGGGGUCAGACUGCAGCAUAGAGAGCAACGUGGAUCCUGACAGUUCUCUGCUUCAGCACAGGGACAUGUGUCUGGAUCCCCUCUACAACCUCUAUGCAAUAUCAUGUCAUUCAGGAAUCAUGGGAGGGGGCCACUAUGUGACAUAUGCUAAAAACCCCAAUGACAAGUGGUACUGUUACAAUGACAGCAGCUGUAAGGAAGUUCACUCUGAGGAGAUUGACACCGACUCAGCCUACAUCCUGUUCUAUGAGCAGCAGGGAGUCGACUACUCCCAGUUCCUGCCAAAGAUCGACGGCAAAAAGAUGGCCGACACCAGUAGCAUGGACGAAGACUUUGAGUCCGACUACAAGAAGUACUGUGUCCUUCAGUGAGCGCGCCGCCUUCCAGUCACUACACUACACCUGCUCCCCGCUCUGGCUCUGGGCAGGAAGCGCCAGCUGUUUGAAUCCUCCCAGACUGCUAACGGCUCGGAGCCACGCCUCUGUCCGCCUGCAUGGAGGCAGCGCAGCACUUCUAACCAAUCCAAACCUAGAUUAGUCACAUCCGCCCCUCCCCUCCUUUUCCAAAGCACUAAUGUGGUACAAGUGAAAGCCCAGUGAAAAAAAUAAAAUAAAAUAAAACAAUCCUCAAUUAUGUGUAUUUUGCCAUAGCAUACCUGUAACAUUCAGCUGAACCUCACAGAUCUCUGAAUGUAUGCCGAUGUGGCCGAGUCGUGAAGUGAUGUUACUUUCCCACUGUGCAUUGGUCACCUGUGAUGAUGGGAGGAGAAAAAGCAUUUCCGCCUGAGGUUGUGUCAUCAGAGGAAGAACAGUGUCGCUGUUCUCUGGGUCUGGAAUGCCAUUUGGGAAUAGUUAAAGUUCAGUACAUACAUGCUGGUGUCAUAUGUGGUGCCACAGGCCAUUAUGGAUUUGAAACUUCUUAUCUAGACUAUUGGAUACUGUGAGAUGCUUUUAAAGCUGUUUUAUUAGGGUAAUGUGUCACUAGGAUUAAUAUCAUAUUCUACCUCAUCAUAUUCCCAUCAUGCAGUCUGUGCAGCAGCUGUAGCCUAAAUGUAUGAAACAGUGUUAAUGAGAAAUAUGUUGUUCCUUCCACUGUAGGAGACGAGGUACUUGCAUUUCAGAGUUCCCACACCAAAAAAAGAGAAAAUGCAGCCCUCUACACCCACGCCUGAAUCCCACGGCUGCCAAAUGACUGGUGUAGACUUGUGUAAAGCCACAACUCCAGGAGCUCACCUGGGAACCUCCAUUUAUUCUGGAGAGGUGCCAUGAUUUCAAUAAAACUGAAGCGUAAAUAUGUUCAGUAUAUGUUCAUGACUUUUUCCCUGGAUUCUGGGGAGGUGGCGUUUUAUAAGACAUGUUUUAUUUUUGUAAACAGAAAGGCUUUCUGUUGAGGCGGAUCUCUUUAGAUCAGACCUGGAUGUCUAGCUGAAGCCACGCCCACAGGAAGCAAGCUUCUCUUUGCACCUUACCCCUGCUCCAGUUCCCUGCUGUCACUUUACACAUCUUUCUGAUGAUUAAAUCUUUGCAACCUUAGAAACAAACCUGGAACAUUUAGGGAGAAAACAUUUUGACUGCACUAUCAUAAAGAAUUUUAUCAGUGGUUUUAUUAUUUUAAUAUUUAAUCAAUAACCUAAAAAACACUUGACUGAUUCAGCUGAGCCUUCGAAGUGUAGUAAUUUAAGUGAUGUCAAUUUAAAGGGAUAGUACCCACUUUUUGAAGUGAGGUUUUGUUAAGAGGCUGUCUUAAAACUACCGCAAUCUCAAAGAAUUUUCUGCACUUAAUGUAAACAUUGAUUCAUAAAUCUUUAAACCAGUCAUAUUUACUAUGGAUGUGUUUCUAGUGAGAAUGUUAGUUAGUUGGUUGGAAAGUUAGUUGGUGAAUCACAGGAGCAGGUAGAACAUGUGCAGCUACGCAGAAAGAGGUAAAUGUACCAGUACAUCUUUCACAUUUGAAGGCCAUUGUGGCAGACCAUAAUGUCCCAAUUUACCUGCAAACAGAGAGAGAGUUUUGUGUAAAUAAAGAUUUAAUGCAAACAUGACUGCACUGAAAGAUUUGUAAAAUAGUGUUAGCAUAACUCAUUAUGCUCAUUUUGAGAUUUCGGUUUUAAAAAUAAAAGUUUGUUUUAGCCUCGGUCUGGCUCUGGCUCUACUGAAAGUAGGAUAUUGACUGCUCAUGACCUCACACCUGAACCCCACUUCAGGAGAUUUCUACUUGUGAUUAAUAUCUGAACCCUCGUCAGCCUGCCACUGGUUCAAAGUGGUGAACUUUGAAGUGAUUUCCACCUGAUUCAGCUCCUGAGUCAAACAGGUUUUUCAUUAUAAAAUCAGCUGGUUUAAGCCUGUAUAUUUAUGAUUUUGUGCUAAUCUGGUGUCGGAUUUGUAAGCCCCUUUACAGAUUUUUUCAGACAACCUGCUGAUGUGGGCUGAUAGUAAAGUCUGACAUCAGAUGACUCAUGGUUACUAUACAGAUUAAAUAUGUGCAGUAGCGCCAAAGGUUCAUGUUUGAGUUCAUAACAUGACAUCUGAGCACACAUUCAGCUAAAACAAGUUCCAACGGCCUCAAAAUGAGAUUUGUUUGCACCAUUAACGCCCGGCAUGAAUUGAAAGGAUAAAGCUGCACUGCAUUCCUUAAGUGAGCAGCUUGGUCAAAAGUUUCUGUCAUUUCAACUGAAUGCAAGCACAAAGGCAAACGUGUUUCUUUCACUUAAAGCUUGGUCUGUUUUAAGUUAAUCAGUAGUAGUAGGAAACCUCUGCAGCUGAAAUGUCCUCUGGCUCCCCCACUACACACACACACAACAGAUGUUUGCUUCCUUUUUAGCUGCUGUAUUCAUGGAGUAGACAUCGUUCUGGAGAAUAUGUAUUAGAAUGAAGUCAUCUUUUCCUUUGCAAAGACUGUUGAAUGAAUGAAAGUAUGCAGACGAGUGCUAUUUAUGUUUGCUCUGAAUGCUUUUUUCCUCCACCUUUCUGCCUUUUAGCUGAGCUAUUAAUAACGUUCAGUUUUAUGUGUUUGAAAUGACUCAAAGGGAAAAUUGCAGUAAGGAUCAGAUCAGUCAAGAACCCAUUUUCUAGUGCUACAUUCAGUUAUAUGCCCAGUACAUGUCAGUUUUUGAUUUUAUUGUUUUCUGUCCAUAAAUGUGCCCUCAGGCCACCUGCAGCUCAAACUGUUGUUAAAAAUAGGGGCUAAUUUUAGCACAAUUUUCAGAAAUAAAAAGAUCUGCCUAAUGGAACCAAUCUGUUAGCUGAGGCUGGACAAACAGACCCAGUUAAACCACAGGGCUUAUGCCCCCUGCCCCGCCCCUUACCCCGCACAUAACUUCAGCAUGUUGGCAGGCGGAGCGAUCUACUACUGAGCUGUCUGUCUUUUUGUAGCCUCUUUUUAUUUAACUUCUGUACUGUCAGAUUGAAAGCUGACUUGUUAAUUUAAAAACAACAACAAAAAAUGCUUUUUUGUAAGGUGUUUGUUGAAAGAAGGUGACAUUGCACUGACAUUAAAACAUGUACAUAAAGUGUUUUGUAAAUAAGCCAAUGAAAACUGUGUAUUUGAAUAUGAACUGUACAAACUAUUGUAGUUGUAUAUGGAGUAAUACUGUUGAUCUGUAACAAAAUAACCAAGCAACAAAUUAAACUGCAGAUGAAAUUCCA